AUGUUUUCAUUUCUUAAGAAGAAAAAAAUAAAAAAAUCCGAUCCUCAACAAUCACAACAACAGUCCACUCCAGUUACAAAUGAAAAUAAAGAAAAUUUAUUAACUAGAAAUAAUAAACAACAACAACAACAACAACAACGUCAUCAAGAUAAUGAAUCAGGUGGUUUUGACUACUCAUCAUCUGUUCCAUUGUCAACAUCGAUUUCAAAAAAAGCUUCAUGUUCGCCUCGAACAUCGUCACCAAUAUCGUACGAUAAGAAUCUUACAACAUUACGUCCAACUGCCGAUCAAACGUCAAAAAUUCAUGUUGAUGUUAAUCAUCCAUCAGAUAAAAUACUACACAUAUGCGAUUCAAGCGAACCAAGUCCCCGUGAUUUAACAGACAUUACGCUAUCUAGUUUACCAGCACAUAAAAGCUGUCAUGUGACAACAAUGAGUGUAUCAUCCCCAAGUCAAAUAGCUGCAAGUGAUCUCAAUCGAAUAUUAACAUCAGGUUAUAUAAAUGGUGAAGAAAAUAUGGGCUAUAUGAAAAGAGCUGGUGAUCAUAUAGCAUCGUACACGAAAUCACCACAUUUUCAUCGACCAAUGGGUUUUUCAUACAAUCGAACACAAACAUUUAGUGUACCGGGAACUAAAAAAGGCAUGAAAGCACUAGUAACUGGUCAAACUAAAAUUCGUAAAAUACAUUGUUCUGUACCACAUGCAUCUCCUCUAUCAGCACAGUCUAUAUCGUCUACGCCGAAAACUCUAAUAAAUGAUUCAACAUCUCCUUCACAGCAACAAACACCAAGCGUUGAUGAAGAACCUAUUGUUCUUUCACGUUAUUCAGGUGGUUUUAUACCUGAUCCAGCAGCACCAAAAAAAAUUGAAUCACUCGAUUGGCCAGCUCCUCUCGCUAUUCAAGCUGUACCGGAAUUAAUGAGAACUCAUCAUAGUCGUAGUGAAUCUCGUGCCGAAUCCCAUUCAAAUCGUUCUCGUCAACAUAGUCAAACAACACCUAAAAAACAUACUUUAUCGUCUACGUCACCUUCGACAUCACCUUAUCCUCAAUUAAUUUCAAUAUCUAAUGAACAGGAUCAACAACAACAACAUACAACGGAUGAUAUUACAAUAACAAGUGAAAAUUUAAAUGACAACGAUGAUGAUGAUGAUGAUACAACCGACGGUGAACUUCGUCAUGAUUCACAAUUAGAAAAAGAUAUUGGUAUGAUGUCGAAAUUAAAAGAUGCAUCCGGUAUGGCACAUGCUCUACUCGAAGAUUUACGUUUACAAGAGAAAAUCAUCGCACGACAAUUACCACUCGAUCCAUGGAAAGCUUCACGCUCACCAUCAGCAGCUAUUGAACCACCGAGACGUUGCCGUUUUGAGUCGCCUACAUUCGCAUCACCAUCACGACGUGUUCAUACACAUUCAUCAUCAACAACAAAUGCUGAUGAUAGUCUUGCUGGUCUAUCAACAUCUAUGUCGACUACACCAGCCGGUGGAAAACGUGUGACACUACCAAGAUAUAAUCAACAAAGUCCUAUUGCAUAUGAUUUUAUCGCACAGACACCAGUUCUUCGACCUGGCUAUGGCUUAACACCAUCGCCUAAAGCUCAAACAUUACCAAUUUCCCUUGAUAUGCAAAGAAGUUGUGAUUUAGAUUCAACCGAUCUAGGAAUUACAAAUUCAUAUUAUUCCCACGAUGGAUAUCAAAAUAAAUCAACUAAGACUGUUGGUGUUGGUGGUGGUGGCGGUGAUCGUCAAUAUUUGAAUUCUCAACAUGCACAUUCAACUCGUUCAGCUCCAAUAUUAAUGGGUAAUCCAAAACUUUAUACAUAUGAAGAAUUAAAAAUAAUGUCCAAGAAACGAUUACCGUCUGAUGUUGAUCGAGACCGUCUGGAGUGUCACCUCUCUGAUAAUGAAUUUUAUACACUAUUCCAAAUGACAAGAUCGGAUUUUUAUCGUUUACCGGAAUGGCGUCGUGUUGAUCUGAAAAAACGCUUUAAACUUUUUUGA